AUGAGAUCGGACCCAAGCGCGAGAAGAUCAAAUGUCCUCUACGAGUUCCAUCAGGAAAGAGGACACAAGACCGAAUAUUGCAUAGGUCUAUGGCAAGAGGUGGUCAGGAUGUUGAACCAGCGCUACCUGAAAGAACUACUCAGCGAUAAAGGAAGGGCGAACUUCGCUAGAGGACGUGACCCAUCUCAAGGACCCUCAAAGCCACCAUCACCGGCAUGUACCAUACAGAUGAUCAUUGGCGGUGGCGUCGAUUCAGUAAUCAACCAUGUGAAGCUCACCACCACGCAUAAACUCAAACGGACGGUCUCCCACGAACGCUAUGACGACUUCAAAGACAGUAUCAUCUUCGAAAAGUCAGAUGCCGACGAUUUGUCUUUCCCUCAUUAUGAUGCUUUGGUUAUAACAUUACACAUCGCUGAUACAGACGUGAAAAGAAUCAUGGUAGAAGACGGAAGCGGCCUAUGUAUUAUCCACCGGAGAGUUCUCAUGCAAAUGAGGCUCGAGGAUAGAAUAAUACCGUGUUGCAUAACACUAACGGGUUUUAACAAUGUAGUAGAGCGGACAUCCGGGGAAAUAGCUCUACCAGUCCUAGCAGGGGGAGUCAUGCUGGAAACCACCUUCCAUGUCAUGAACCAGGAAACAACCUAUAAUGCCAUCAUAGGGCGCCCAUGGAUACACGCCAUGUGA